CCGGAGUCCCCGGUUCUUGAAAACAUAACAAGGAAGUGCUUCCUCCUCCGAGCCUUCUUCGGCCCCGGCUGAUCCGCUGGGAAAGAGCAAGAUUAAGACGCGCCUCGUCGUCGCCGGCCCUUUCCUUCCAGCCCCUCCCCUGAUCGCCCUUUGACUCUCCGUCGAGGCGGGCUAAGGGCGGAGGCUGGUGCUGGUGCUGGAGGGAGGACGGGGCGGGCGGAAGACUGGUCGACUUUGCCCGAGCCGGUGUCUUUCUUACUCCUGCCUUUGUUAAGCACGCCCGUCAUGGCUUCGGCUCUCCGUCCCGGCGCCUCCUCUCCUCCCGCCGCCUGUCUACUUCUGCUGCUCGGCUGCCUCGUCUUGCGCGGGGCUUCCGCGUGGUCGGAGGAGAUGGAGGAGGACGGCGACGAGACGGACCCCCACACGCGGCACCUCUACAACGCCGAGAUGCUGCGCCAUGGCGUCCAGAGCGCACCGCACUUCGUCAUGUUCUUCGCCCCGUGGUGUGGGCACUGCCAGAGUCUCCAGCCAACUUGGAACAAACUUGCAGACAAAUACAACAACAUGGAUAAUCCACAGGUCUAUGUUGUAAAAGUGGACUGCACUACAGAUACACCAUUGUGUUCUGAAUAUGGUGUUAGAGGAUACCCAACUCUAAAAUUACUUAGACGACACCAGGAAGAUGAAAAAUAUCAGGGACCUAGAGAACUUGAGUCACUAGAGAACUGGAUGUUGAAGAAAUUAAAAAAGGCAUCUGAUGAGGAAGAACCUAAACGGAAGCCAUCGAAAGCACCUGAUACAAAGCAAGGUCUUUAUGAGCUCUCAGCAGCUAAUUUCAAGCAACAUGUAGCAGAAGGCAAUCACUUCAUCAAAUUCUAUGCCCCUUGGUGUGGCCACUGCAAGGCUUUGGCACCUACUUGGGAACAGUUGUCUAUGUCCCUUGAACAGUCAAAGUCCGUCAAGAUUGGAAAGGUGGACUGCACAGAGCAUUCUACAAUCUGCUCAGAAAAUCAGGUGCGGGGUUAUCCAACUCUGCUUUGGUUCAGAAGUGGAGAAAAGGUUGACCAAUACAAAGGAAAGAGAGAUUUAGAUUCUUUGAAAGAGUAUAUUGAAUCUCAGUUAAAAGAUUCCAAAGAAGCCAUGAACGAUGUUAAACCCACCAAAGCACCUUUACCAGAAAUAACUCCUGAGCAUGUGACCCAGCAAGGUGACAGGGUACAAAUGGACAGGUCAGACAGGUCAGACGGGAUAACAAUAAACAGUACUGUCCGUAAAGAAGAACCAUGGGAAAACGAAGAGAUCACUGGACCAAAAAAAGGCAAAGUCCUUUCCCUGUCUGAAAAAGAUUUUGAUAAAGAAGUGGCUAAUGGAAUCACUUUCAUCAAGUUUUAUGCGCCAUGGUGUGGACAUUGUAAAAACCUGGCUCCCGUAUGGGAGAACCUCUCAAAAAAGAACUUUCCAGGACCAGUGGAUGUGAAGAUAGCAGAAGUAGACUGCACUGCUGAACGCAGUGUCUGCAACAGAUUUUCUGUCCAUGGCUACCCAACACUCUUGCUUUUCCGUAGUGGUGAGAAAAUAACUGAACACACAGGAGCCAGAGAUCUUGACACACUGCACAACUUUGUUUUGGGACAGUCCAAGGAUGAACUGUAAAAAUGUACCUGCUUAGUUACUGCUUCUUUAGCUGGGUCCAGUAAACUUGGAAGUUGAAUCAUGGUAAUGUUAUUGGAUUUCCAAUAGUGGUCAUGCGGGAAACUGGAUGUUCUAAAGCGUGGUAUCGUCUGUUCAUAUGUUUGUAUUUCCUGUUAUCUACUCUGCUAAACUUGAGGGAAGGUUACAACAAACAGUAACUGUUCUAAUUGGGAACUAGUAUUUAUGGUACUGGUUACAUUAACGAAUUUCCACUUGUCCUAUGAUGAAAAAAAUGUGUUUGAAACAAAAAUGAAGAAGAAAAAAGCUAACAUCAGAACACAUUGGUUUCACUGCAGAUAACGCAUUAGUAUAAUAUCAGUUGCAUAAAAUUUGCAGAGUUUGAUCUCCUUCGGAAACCAAAUUAGAAGAAAUUCUAAAGAAAAGCACACACAGAAGCACAAACACUUAGGAAGCUAUCCCUGGCUAUUUGCUUUCUGUUGUCUCCUCUCAUGAGGAAGUGCAAUGAAAAUUAAAGGUACUGCCUAGGUCUGGAUAUUGGACGAUGCUACCUCUCAGCUAAGCCCAACACUCCAUUUAAUUAAAUUGCAUGACUUGGCUGUCUUCACGUAGAUUUGAUGUUCAUUUCAAUUCCAAACAUUAUAAUUAAAUUUUAUUGGGUGAGGGUUGUCCCCCUAUUUACAACUUAUCAAAUUCAGAUUAGCUAGGAUCCAUGUUACAUAUGAACAAGUACAACUUUAGAAGUCUAUGAAAGACCUUCUCUUUCCCAGGUCCACAACAACAAAGAAAUUAAACUUGCUCAUAAAUUUUUUUUCUAGAUGAUUUGUAGGUGUGUGUAUUCUCCAGCCCUAUUCAAUCAAUCCUGUUUCCAAUUUAGUAUGCCCUAAGAGGGGAAUUAAAGCCAAAGACUUUCUUGUGCAAGUAGUGAUACAAGAUCAAACUAUAGCAGCUAAAUCUUGAUCUAUUUUGCAUAUGGAUUAUUGCCAUCUUUCUGGGACAGAGUUACGGGUCAUUAUCUGCAGGUCUAUACAGAAGAUAAACGAUGUUCAUAGCUAUGUCUAGAUAAUCUGUGUUUGUACUCUAGUUUGUCCUUCA